AACUCCAUGUAGACAUAUUAUCACAGUAUAUUUACAGUAUUUGCGUAUCUGUGUGUUACCAAAUGAGAUUCAUAAGCGUUGGCAGUUACCAAAAUGUCAUCAUGAUAACUUCUUAGAUUUGAUGAAACAUACUUCAGAAUAUGUUCUUGAGAUUGGUAAAGUGCUGAAACUGUUACAAA